GUUCUCUCAAUCAGUACCAGUAUAUGUUGCGUCGGGUAAUACACCAGACUAUACCGCAAUUGUCUUAGUUCGCCCGGUUGUUAGGGAGGAAAUAACGCCGCUGAAAAUAUUAUCGAACAGUGCCACCUAGCCAUCACCGCCAUUUUCCAACCCCUCGACUCAAAUUCCUCCCCCGAGUGACCGAAAUAAGCAAAAUCCGCCCCUUUUAAUUUCGCUGCGACAACGAACCGGGAUCAACAAUACCAACGGAACGACGUUUUGUUUCUGUUAUUGUUUUUUUUUCAAUUUGACCAUCUCACCGAUUGUAAAUGCUGUGCUUCGUUUUUGAACCGUACGGUUGUGACGGUCAAUUAACUACAAUAUUAUGAUAGACAAGAAGUGUCAGAUACACGUGCUGAAAUAUGUCAAGCGGCUACGGCUGCUGAUUUUAUUCUGAGGGGUGUGUCGCGGGUUCGUGACGUAAACAGUACAGACGAUGUGCUAAUCGUUACAUCGUACUUCACUCGCUAAUGCCAUGUGUUUGUCCGGAUGAAUUUUCAAUAUCGUAAUUGAUGAUUUUUAGAUAAUUCGUUAGAUUGAUCAAUCUUUUUUUUCGCGAAUUAAUAUAAUUCUCGUUCAGAGCAUACGCACAUUUUUCAAUGAAAUUAUGUCGAAUACGUAAAACGAACGAAUUAAUCAAACGCUAAUUGAAUCGGAUAUCUAAUAAUAACAAAUACGCUGGUUCCCGGAAUAAAUUUGUCGCUAUAAAAUAUGUUCGAAUAGUUAAUUUUUCAAUCAACCUGAUAGUGGCAAUAAAUAAAUAAGUGAUGCCUGGGGAUUUCGACUCAUUUCAUUAGCAGACUCGGCAACGUGAUACGUAUAGUUUAAUAAUAAACCCUCGAUUUUAAAUUAUCGCGGUUUGAACGCCUUGAACAAUCGUAGAGCAAUUAUUAUUUUUCUACACGCCACAUAUUAUUCUCCGUUGAAUCGAACCGCACGCGUUAUUAGCCGUACGAUAAUUCCAACGUUUUCGCAUCGGACAUCCCGCAGAGAGUACUUUUCUCACGGUUUCUAGCUCCGAAAGAAGAUGAACUGUAACCGGCGUACGUGCAACCCUGUCUUCAUUUUCUCCUCGCGAUACGUACGGGUGUCUUAAAUUAUUGAUAUAAAAAUAUAUACGUGUAAAUACUUAGAUUGGGCAAGUAACGCCGCUUCCGAGCCUCGGGCUUAAUAACGGGUAAAUUGAAAGUGAACGAUAAUAAAGAGGAGAAAAAUGGAGGAGCUCGCGAGUAGAAUUUCGCAUUCUAUCGGUGGAUUGAGAUCUUGUUUCUAUCUUCGCACGCACAAUCAUGGGGUGAAUGUUGGAUCUCACCCAGAGUCGGAUGACCAUGAGGAGAGAGUGGUUUUUGUUAACUCGGGGCCAAGCCAACCAGCAAAAUAUACCACCAAUCAUAUUACCACCGCAAAGUAUUCCGUAUUUUCGUUCAUACCUUCUUUUUUAUUCGAGCAGUUUCGGAGAUACAGUAACUGCUUUUUCCUCUUCAUCGCUCUCAUGCAGCAAAUACCUGAUGUUUCGCCCACGGGACGCUACACCACAUUAGUGCCACUCAUAUUCAUUCUCAGCGUAUCCGCCCUUAAAGAAAUUGUAGAAGACAUUAAAAGGCAUAGAGCCGAUGAUGAAAUAAAUGAACGAGAGGUAGAAGUCCUUCGGAGUGGUCGAUGGCAAUGGGUUCAGUGGCAUGCUGUCACGGUUGGUGAUCUAGUUAAGGUCCAUAAUAAUAAAUUCUUUCCCGCCGAUUUGAUACUGUUAUCCUCGUCAGAGCCACAGGGUAUGUCAUUCAUCGAAACUGCAAACUUAGACGGUGAAACGAAUUUAAAAAUUAGACAAGCCUUACCUAAUACCGCAACGCUAUUGGACACCACCGAAUUGUCUGCUUUCAAAGCGAACAUACAAUGUGAACCGCCUAAUCGUCACUUGUAUGAAUUUGUCGGUGUCCUUAGAGAGAACAAUAAGCAAAGUGUGCCACUUGGUCCCGAUCAAUUACUUCUACGCGGAGCGAUGCUAAGAAACACUCGUUGGGCAUUCGGAGUUGUGAUAUACACAGGUCAUGACACAAAAUUAAUGCGAAACAGCACCAGUGCUGCACCUCUGAAACGAUCGACUCUAGAUCGCGUAACGAACAUACAAAUUCUGAUGCUGUUUUUCGCGCUUCUGAUAUUAUGUUUAAUUUCGGCCGUAUUCAACAUUUUUUGGACAAACUCGCAUCAAUCCGAGCUGUGGUAUUUAGGAUUACAUGAGGCAAUGUCCAAGAACUUUGGCUACAACUUACUAACGUUUAUAAUUUUAUUCAACAACUUAAUUCCGAUAUCUCUCCAAGUUACGCUAGAAGUAGUUAGAUACGUUCAGGCAACUUUUAUCAAUAUGGACGUAGAAAUGUAUCAUGCGGAAACGGAUACUCCUGCAAUGGCACGUACCAGUAAUCUUAAUGAAGAACUUGGAAUGAUUCGUUACGUAUUCACAGACAAAACUGGAACGCUCACCCGAAAUGUUAUGGAGUUUAAGAGUUGUUCGGUUGCUGGAAAGUUGUACGACUUGCCCAGCCCAUCGCCGGAAAUUGCUAUGAAUGGUACGGACCCAGUAAUAAGUUGUUCGUUGGUGAAAGAUUUGAUGGACGGUAAAUUGAAAGCGGACAAUAAGUCGAAUGAAGACUUAUUGAAACAAGCCACAGCUGGAAUUAUUCACGAGUUUAUGGUCAUGCUGUCUGUUUGUCACACCGUUAUACCCGAAAAACAAGACGAGCUCAUCGUUUAUCACGCCGCCUCACCUGAUGAAAGAGCUCUGGUCGAUGGUGCGAGAAAAUUCGGUUAUAUAUUCAACACGCGAACGCCGACGUCUGUGGAGAUCAUAGCUCUGGGUGAACGUCAGUGUUAUGAGAUCUUGAACGUGAUAGAGUUCACCUCAGCCCGUAAAAGAAUGUCGGUAAUCGUACGCACACCGGAGGGACAGAUCAAGUUAUUCUGUAAAGGGGCAGACUCGGUGAUCUACGAAAGGCUUGCUACCAGAACAACGAACAAUCGGGAAGAUGGUGCAGAUUUUCGUGAAAUCACGUUGAACCACUUGGAAACAUUUGCAACAGAAGGGUUGAGGACACUGUGUUUCGCUGUUGCAGACAUACCUGAAUCUCUUUACCAAAGGUGGCGAGAGACUUACCACAAAGCGGCAACCACUAUAGAAGAUCGUGAGAACAAAUUAGAAUACGCUGCUAAUCUUAUUGAAAAUAAUUUGACCCUUCUAGGGGCUACUGCCAUCGAGGAUCAACUGCAAGAUCAGGUACCUGAAACCAUAGAGUCUUUGAUCCAGGCGGAUAUUAACGUUUGGGUUUUGACGGGGGACAAACAAGAAACAGCAAUUAAUAUUGGUUACUCGUGCAGACUGAUUUCACACCCGAUGCCUCUCAUAAUUGUCAAUGAAAAUUCAUUGGAUAAAACAAGAGAGGCAAUUAGGCAACAUUGUCUUGAUUUUGGACAAGACCUCAAAUGCCAAAAUGAAGUAGCCUUGAUAAUCGAUGGUAAUACUUUAAAGUAUGCUUUAUCCUGUGAUAUACGAAGCGAUUUUCUGGACCUCUGCACCUCGUGCAAGGUCGUCAUCUGCUGCAGAGUAUCGCCUAUGCAAAAGGCAGAGGUCGUAGAUUUAGUGACCACAUGUACAAAGGCUGUCACUCUCGCGAUCGGCGACGGUGCGAAUGACGUGGCCAUGAUUCAGAAGGCUCACGUUGGGGUUGGAAUAUCGGGAGUAGAAGGACUCCAAGCAGCUUGUGCAUCCGAUUACUCGAUAGCACAGUUCAAAUUUCUGAAACGGUUGCUGUUCGUACACGGAGCUUGGAACUAUAGUAGAAUGUGCAAAUUAAUUUUAUAUUCAUUUUACAAAAAUAUUUGUCUCUACGUUAUCGAAUUAUGGUUUGCCAUAUACUCCGGUUGGUCUGGACAAAUCUUAUUCGAAAGAUGGUCCAUUGGUCUCUACAACGUUGUAUUCACGGCUGCACCUCCGCUGGCGAUGGGACUUUUUGACAAGGUCUGCACAGCCGAGACUCAUUUAGCAUAUCCGAGGCUUUAUCAUGCCCAUAAUGCGAGUGAUUCAAUGUUCAACUUCAGGGUGUUUUGGAUGUGGAUAAUAAACGCGUUAUUCCACUCGGCACUACUCUACUGGUUACCUUUGUUAGCUCUUCAGCAAGAUGUUAUAUGGAACAAUGGACGAGACGGAGGCUACCUUGUCCUAGGAAAUUUCGUGUAUACAUAUGUCGUAGUGACGGUCUGCGCAAAGGCCGGAUUAGUUACAAAUUCAUGGACCUGGGUUACUCACUUGGCCACAUGGGGAUCUAUUCUACUCUGGUUCUUAUUCAUUCUUAUAUACAGCAACUUUUGGCCAACGAUGAACGUUGGCGCGGUGAUGGCAGGUAACGAUAGAAUGCUCUUCACUUCACCGGUGUUCUGGCUAGGCCUUUUUCUUAUACCAGCAGCGGUUCUACUGCUUGACUUCACUGCUAAAGCAGUUGGAAAUACAGUCUGGAAAUCACUAACAGAAGCAACGAGAGAGCAGGAAAUUAAAAAAUCCGACCCCAGUGACGUCUUCGAUAAACAGGAUUACAGAAGCUCAUGGCUUCGCAUUUUCCCAAGAGGAAGGAGGCACCGUGACGCAGACGGAUGUAAUCAGAGCAUACGACACAAAUCUGCCAAAACCUGGAGGGAUGUAACUUAUAUUUUUUUUUAUCUUCGUUGGGACGAUCCGAUGAUAUUUUCGUUCGAGUUACGUCGGGGUGUCAGAAAUACCGUUUCAAAGAUAUUGGGGAGAUAUUGGGAACAUUGGGAUCGUAUAGGAUUAGAAUUUAGAGUUCACUGUCGAUGCCUCGUUAGAAAUUCAUUGAGCGCUGUCACUGAGAAGUUGGAAGACCGUUGUAAAGCUGUAAAAGCACCCCAAAAAUUGAAAGAUAAGUUGCAUACUUGUCGUCGGAAAUAAAUUGGAGUGUUUAACAAUAUCAGUUCCAUUUUUAUAUCGCAAUCGUUAAUUUAUAGCAAUAGAUUUUAAUUUUGAAUCUGGCGGCGACUACCUUAUUUUCAAUUUAGGCCAUACACCCAUCUGAAUAGGCUCUGUGAGUAUACUGCGAUAAUAAUUAUAAUUUUUAAUAAUCAUACAAUAUAGUUAACUGAUUCGAAUGCAAUGUUAUAUUUCCGAUUAAGACUCGAAUACGCUUUUGGACACAAGUUCGUCUACUUGUAUUGUUUACGAUUCAAUGUACCACGUACAAAAGGUGGAUGAAAGUGAUGUUACAUCACAACGGUACAGGCAAUAUCCUUGUAAAUUACUGUCUCAUAUGAGCACCAUUCGAUCAUUGUUCCAUCAUGUUCCUUGCGGUGGGCUGCUAAUUGCGAUUUAUCAAUAACCAGAGAUUCGCUGUAAUCAUUCCUAAGAGUACAAUUAUACUCGUACACGAAGUGACUCUCAAUAAAUAAUUCAUACGAUAGAUCAAUAAUUAGCUUGAAUUUCUUUAUGUGUUUUCUGCUUCUACUUGUAAGUAACCGUCGCCUCAUCGCUUGCGUACCGAAUUCAUCGUUGUUCGUCCACCUCGUAUACGUAUGUAAACGAUGUGUGUUUAUAAAUAUUCAUAUAAAUGUAUAUAUUUAUAUAUUUAUUGUAUAAUGUAUUUAAAAGUUACUGACAGAUAUUGUAACUCUUUACUUCGGUGAAAUAUUAUCCUCCUUCAACUGUAUACACUGCAUAUAACAAUUAUAUUGAUGAAUUUCAAUAUUCACACGAAAUCUAAUCGACUAUAAAAAAAUGAUGUAAGGAAAUGAAAGUUAAAUUGCGUUAUGUGCGUCGCGUAAUUGAAAUAAACGACCGCUGUUCAAUCUUUAAUUCUAUAGAUAUGUAACAUGUAUCUAUGGUAUAUACAAUUAUUAUCAUUAUUAUUGUUAUUAUUAUUGUACAUGCAUACAUAUUUAAUGUAUUUUCGGAAUCUAGUCAAACGGAACGAUAGCCAAUUUAUUGGAUUGAAUUGUAUUUUGCGACAAACGACUUUAUCAACAUAUUAAUAUAACAUAGAUAUUGUAUACCUACACCUUCGGAAUAAACUAUUAUUAUAAAUAAUAAA